UAACAGGCGCUCUCGGGCGGGUUGGGUCUCCGCUGGCGGCUCUUGACGCCGGAAGCAGGCGGCGAGCUCGGACCCGCGGGUGGGCGGUGCGGCAUGGCGGGCUGCGGCGGGCGGCGCAGGCCCGGCGGGCAGGGGCAGCAGUGUGGAAAAACAGGUGAUGUGAAGAAGAGUAAAUCCUGUAAAGCUGACGUCCCCACUGAGCUUCGAAAAGAAGUAGAAAGUCAUUAUAAGCUCUCAAUGCCGGAAGAUUUCUAUCACUUCUGGAAGUUCUGUGAGGAGCUUGAUCCUGAAAAGCCAGCAGAUUCACUUUCCACAAGCGUUGGACUCAGAUUAGUGGGUCCUUAUGAUAUCCUUGCCGGAAAACAUAAAAUGAAGAAAAGCUCAGCAAGCCUGAAUUUUAACCUUCACUGGAGAUUUUACUACGACCCUCCUGAGUUCCAGACCAUCAUUGUUGGAGACAAUAGAACCCAGUUCCACAUGGGGUAUUUCAGGGAUUCUCCUGAUGAACUUCCUGUGUGUGUCGGUACAAAUGAAGCAAAGAAAAGUUGUGUAAUUGUUCAAAAUGGAGAGAAUGUGUUUGCUGCAGUCAAAUUAUUUCUGAUGAAAAAACUUAAAGAGGUAACAGACAGGAAGAAAACGAGUCUCUUGAAAGACCUAGAUCACAGACUCACAGCGGCAGCCGGCAGCCUGGGCUUUGCCCUGGAGCAGCGGACCGCGAGGAUGGCACAGAGGGACAGGAAGGUUGUGGCAAAGACCUUUCACGGUGCAGGCAUGGUUGUCCCAGUGGAUAAGAACGACGUUGGGUACAGAGAGCUUCCGGAAACUGACGCCAACCUCCGGAGGAUCUGCAGGGCGGUUGCCGAGGCACCAAACGAUGAGGAGAGACUGAGGGCCUUCGCCCCUCUCCAGGAAAUGACGACGUUCGUGCAGUUCGCUAAUGACGAGUGUGACUACGGCAUGGGGCUGGAGCUGGGCGUGGACCUCUUCUGUUACGGCUCCCACUAUUUUCAUAAAGUCGCCGGCCAGCUUUUACCUCUUGCAUAUAACCUGUUGAAGAGGAAUCUCUUUGCAGAAAUUAUUGAAGACCAUCUGGCAAACAGAAAUAGAGAGAACAUAGACCAGCUUACAGCCUGAGUACUGCUGGCUGUGGUGCAGAAUAUUCUAGAGCUUUGCUGUUAACUUGUGAGCUCUUUGUUUUUAAGGAAUACAGAAAAUAAAUUGAUAGAAAUGCUUACUAAAAUUUGUAUACAA